AUGGUCAGCACGACGCCUCAUUCCACUUCAGCUUCAGGGUCAGAUACGAUUUCAGACAAAUUAACGAUUCAAGAGAAAUUAUUACUGUCACAAGCGAUAUAUAAAUUAGGUGCGAUAUCAUGGGUUGCCAUAAGUAAAUUACUCUCACAACAUCCCUGUUGUAUGAGUCGACCCAACGGAUUAUUCACACCUGAAUCAUGCGAGAGCGUUUAUAUGGAAUUGAUGACUUCCAUAGGUAUAAAUGUUCCUGCGCCUGACGCCAUGAAACCGCAAGCGAAAAGUCAUCUUCGAUUGGCUCAGACAUUUUAUUUAAAGAGAAUGGAACAACUUCAACUCUCAAUAGAGACGUACGAAACUCGUUUCACCCAAUUAAUGUCAGAGAUCACCUCAUUGAAGAAUGGUGAAGCGGAUGAAAGUAUAAAAAACGAAAUCCGAAAUACGUUGGCGAGGAAGUAUGGGAAAAGAUUAUUGGAUACUUGGUUUCCUGAAUCAAGUGAAUUGAAACAAGCUAUAGAAGCUGGACCUACUACCGCUACUGAUGAAGAGGAUCAACAGCAAGAACAAGAUCAACAACAAGAACAAGAACAAGCACAACAACAAGAACAGCAGCAAAUUCCAGCAAAGAAGGAGGAGGAAAAGGAAGAUCAAAUAUUGGAAAAUGGUGCGAAGAAGCAAGAAAAGGAGGAAGAAAAGGGAGCUGAAAUGACAGAACAGACAGUAGAGAACGAACAAGUUGGAGAAGACGUUGAAAUGAUAGACGAUCAACCCCAAGCACCAAUUCCCGCGGAAAAUAACCAAGAAGUUGUGAAAGAGACAUCUGAGGAUAAGCAAGACGAGCAACCACAACGUGAAGAAAAUAAUGAGAAACCUGUCGUCGAAGAAGAAGAACAAGUCAAAUCUGAAGAAAUCAAUAAUUCACCUUCGACAAAAACGAUCACGAAUACAACCGCGAGGCCAGCACGACGAGGAAAAAAAUCUUCACCUGUCAAUUCAGUUCGAUCAGAACUGUCCCCUCCGCCUGGAUCAGAUUUAUCUCCACCCCCUUCAGAUCAACCUACUCCCAUACCCGAAGAUACAUUGCCUGUCAGCACACGAUCAAAUAAGAGGAAAGCUUCACUACAACCUCUAGGUGCGCCCAUACCCAAAAGAUCAGGUAGGCGAAGCGCUGCUGCUCCGGCAAACAAAGACACUGCGCCUGCUGUAUCGCCAGCACCGACACAAGAAGAAUCAAAUGUCUCUGCUGAAGAAGAAGAAGAAGUCCCUUCUUCGACUACAAGAGGAAGAAGACCUGCUAGAAGAGAAUCCACAAGGACAAUAACAAAAAAAUCGCAAGGUCAACAAACACAAGAAUCACCUUCUGCUUCAACAAAAACAAAAGAUUCAAGUCCGACUAUAUCAAGAAGGGCUCCUAGUGUAUCUUCAACUCGCUCAACACCCGCAGCGGAAGAAAGAAGAUCAUCAAGAAGAAGUUUAGGUACCAUUGCAACGGCCACAAAUACGAAGAUCACUAGGGGCAUGAGGGAUGAUAUAGUAUCAAAGUCUGUUAGAGAACAAAGUACAGCUCUGGAAAGUGUUAAGCUUGAAAACGAAACUGAAACUGAAGAUGAUGAAGAUCAAGAAGAAAAGAGACCUGUUAGAUCUACUAGAAAACGAGGUCCAGACAAAGAAAAGGAAAAGGAAAAAGAAAAAGAAAAAGAGAAAGAGAAAGAAACACCUGCUCAGAGUGAUAAGAGAGGUACGAGAGCAUCUGCCCGGACUAUAAGAGAACCGUCAGAGAAUGAACCCACACCUUCCAUUGCGGACAUCUCGGGUGAAUUGGAAGCUGGUACACCGGCCUCAGCUUCAGCAUCAGCGUCUAGAACAAAACCAUCACAAGCCUCAAGAUCAUCCCAGAAAUUACUGUAUUCCUUGUUGGACACUAUAUCGUCACAUCGAAAUGGAAACGUCUUCCAAAAUCCAGUGAAGAAAACCGAGGCUUCAGAUUAUUAUGAUGUGAUUAAAAGGCCGAUGGACCUUAAAACAAUAAGAGCAAGAAUCAAGGAUGGGGUAAUCACUGAUGUGGAUGAAUUUGAAAGAGAUGUUUUGUUAAUUUUCGCCAACGCAAUGAUGUAUAAUGAUACAGAUUCACAGGUCUACGGCAUGGCGAAGGAAAUGUUGAAAAGUACCGAAGAUCAUAUAGCUCAUUUCAAAAACCUACAGCAUCAUGUUAGCAGAUAG